AUGUCGGCACCAACUCAGGAUGGGAUUCGGAUCGCCUGUACGCCUUGCCAUCGCAAGAAAAUAACUUGCAAUAAGGAGUUACCAUGCGCCAGAUGCACUCGCCUGAAGUUGGCAUGUGAUGAACGGUAUUCCGGCAGAUACAAAGCCCGCUCAACCCCCCACACCAGGUCUCCUGAAGCCGCGUCAAGGACCGAAAUUUCCCUGCGCAGUGCUCAGUCGCAAAGCGCUACCCCGGGUGACGACGAAGGAGCUACCUCAGUGUCCAACGAUCGAGCAGCAGAUCCGCCUACACCCAGCGAGGAUUUGGAGCCGCGCCCACAUAAACGAAGGCUGGUAGGACUGCGCGACUUGCUCAACGUCGACGAAACCCUCCCUACUUUCGACGCUGUACCCCCAUUAGUUCACGAACCCUGGAAUCCCAGGUUCUAUCGGUUCUGGUAUCCCUGGAGGAAGCUUGCUAGUUAUCUCGAAAUGUCGGCCCCCGAAGUGCUCGAAUUUACAUACAAUGGAGGGUACUUGACGUCAAACUCCGUACUCCAUGUCGGGCUGCAGCUUCAGAUCCGUUCCGAGCGAUACCCAGACGCAUCCAAGGUCUGGAUCGAACGGCCGAAACUCCUCACUUCAAUAACGCAACAUCUAGAGGUUUCAGGAACUUGGAACUGUGGUUUGAUUGGCGCCGAUUCCUCACCAAAAGGUGUCAUGGUAUCGUGUGUCGCAGUGCUUCCAGGGAUUGACGGUGUGGUUCUGCCAGCAACUCUCGGAGAGAUAGUGAUAAGGUGGCAGCAGCUAUCAAGUCUUCUUUUGUUCCGUCAGUGGGGGGGCUUCUAUAGCACGAGGCUAGGACCGGCGAUGACCGCUUUAUAA